AUGGCUACUUCCGCGCUCCCAGCGGCCAUGGCCACUGCCUCAUCUGGCAACCCGAACGCGGCGACGUCGACCGACUCCCUUCCCGCCUCCAAGAAGUUCAAGGCGUCCGACCUCCCCCUACCCUCUGCGACCCGGGCCGCCAUCGAGUCGCUAGCGCACAGCUUCAAGAAGAAGGGCGGAUACGACGCCAUUCGCAAGGAGGUCUGGGACAAGUUUGCGGCGAGCGAUUACGAGGCCCAAGUCACGAAAGCCAUCCUCGAGGUCGCCGAACAGGAAGUCGAACGCAACCCCGGCCAGCUCCUGACUCUCGACCGAGGUAAAGCUGCUGCCCUGAUUGACGGCGCUCUCGAGCGGUCUGGUGUCUACCAAAAGGCCGAGCAGGUCAUCACGCAACUCAUCGAUAGGGCAUCGAUCGAGGAACGUAUGCGACAACUGCGCCGCGCCGACAUUGGCGAAGAGGAGGCAGCCGCAGAACAAGAGCGGGGAGCCAAGACGGAUGAGGACUACAACGCAGAGACCUUGGCGAAACAAGCCGAGCGUGAGAGAGUCCGGGAGGAACUAAGACAAAAGGAGGCCGCCAUUGAAGAGGAGAAACGCAAGAUUGCCCGAGAAGAGCGCAAAAAGGUCGAAAGGGAACGCGAAAAAGCCGAGGAGAAACGCAAGGCUGAACGAGAUGCCAGGCGGGCUGCGAGAGAGAAGGUCCAAGCAGAGCGUGAGGCCGAAAGGGAAGAACGCCGUCGCCAAAGAGACAAGGAGCGGAGUCGGGACAGGGACAGAGGCCGCGACCGCGACCGAAGCCGGAGUCGAAGCCGCAGCCGCCGCAGGGAUAGAGACCGCGAUCGUGACCGUGACCAUGACGAGCGCGACCGUGAGCGCCGGGAAGAGCGAGAUCGCAAGCGCAAAGAACGGCACGAGGAGACCGAGGAAGCCAAGCAGAAGCUUUCCCAGGAGCAGCUCGAAAGACUCGAACAGGAGGCCCUUGCGGAUCUCCUCCGAGAGAGCAAGCGCAGCACCGCAAAGCAGCCCGAAUUGGAGAUUGACGAAGCGCUGGCACCACCGCCUAGGAAAUUGGCUCCCGCGUCAGCCAUCAUGCCCUUCAAGAAGGUUGCUUCCUCGCGAGACUCGCAAAAGGUCUCAGAGUCGACGAAGACUGUCGAGGUGAAGCCAGAAACACGAGAUGCCAGCAUGACCACGGCACCAAAAGCCGAUGCACCGGCCGUGAAGGCUAGAAGCCGCAGCCGGUCACAGGCGACUGGCAAAGACCGCGAGCGAGAGAGGGACAAGGACGGCGAUGACGAUAGACGCCGUACCAGAGACGACGACGACCGCCGCAGACACGUGACAGGUCGCGGUCAAGAACCCGACGCGAUCGCAGCAGGUCCCGUCGGCCCGAAAGACGAGAGAGAACCCCCUCGCCCACUCGAUCGAAAGCCCGCCGUGACCGCAGCAGAUCUCGCACGCGCCACGAUCGCCGUGAUCGAAGUCGCUCCAGAUCUCGCGACCGCAGAGACCGCAGCAGAGACCGUGUUCGCUCCGACAGGCGAGAACGGAGUCGCUCACGCCGCCGCGAAAGGAGCCGAUCCCGGACUCGCAACGACCGCAGAGAUCGCAGCCGUUCUCGCAGACCGCAGUCGGUCUCCACGGGACCGGCGCGAAUCGAUCCGCCGUGAUCGCAGCCGCUCUCGCACCCGCCGAGACCGCUCCUCUGACCGAAAGGUCUCUGAGCGUGAUCGCAAGAGUCGGUCUCGCUCGAGACACCCAUCUCCAGCGGUGCGGUCUUCUUCCAGGUUGGAGAGAGACAAGGACGAAAAGGAGGCCACCAAGAUGGUGGAGGUCCGCAAGCGCGAAAAGGAAGCCAAGGCCUACCUCGCCGCACAGCGCGAGGCUAGGGAGAAGGGCAUGCCAGUUCCCGGCAUCGACGACAAGAGAAGCACAGGGGACCGCUCUCCCGAAGCGAAACGCAGGCGCGAUUUGGAUGAAAUCGAUCGAUAUGUGCCGCCCGGCAGGGACAGAGAGCGACCUCACGACCUGGCUCGGGAUGAUGAGCGCCGUCGCAGUCGGUCGCGCAGCAAGGAUCGCGAGCGGGACAAGGACAGGGACCGCGUCAGGGACCGGGACCGUGAUCGUGACAGAGAGCGGGAUAGGGAUCGGGACAGGGAUAGGGAUAGGGACCGGGACCGGGACCGAGAUAGGAGGGACAGAGACCGCGAUAGGGACCGCUCUCGAGAUCGCUCUAGAGAUCGACGGGACCACAGAGACAGAGACAGAGACAGGGACUGGGAUAGGGACCGUGAACGCGACCGCCGCAGCCGGAGAGACCGCAGCGUCUCGUCGCGACGGGAUAGGCGAGACCGGAGCCGCAGCCGUCGAAGGAGCAGGAGUCGCUAG